UAAAAUAAAAACCGUGUCAUUGACUCAAAUCAAAUGUCAGUGUCAUGUCAUGUCAUUUCGGGAAAAUAAUAGCUUGUAUAAAAUACGCUUUGUAAUUUGUGAAAUUGUAAAAUAAAUAAAUAAGGAAAGUUAAUAAAAAUGUCCGAUAAUGACGAUGACUAUAUGUGUGAGGAGGAGGAGGAUUAUGGCUUGGAAUACUCUGAAGACAGCAACUCGGAGCCAGAUGUUGAUUUGGAGAAUCAGUACUACAAUAGUAAAGCACUUAAGGAAGAUGAGCCUCAGGCUGCUUUGCUUAGUUUUCAAAAGGUCCUCGAGCUCGAAGGAGGGGACAAAGGCGAAUGGGGCUUCAAAGCACUCAAACAAAUGAUCAAGAUAAACUUUAAACUGGGUAACUUUACGGAAAUGAUGUCACGUUAUAAACAACUGUUAACAUACAUCAAGAGUGCUGUAACUAGGAACCACUCUGAGAAGUCAAUCAACUCCAUCCUGGAUUACAUCUCUACUUCUAGAAAUAUGGAAUUAUUACAAGACUUCUAUGAAACCACCCUAGAAGCUUUAAAAGAUGCGAAGAAUGACAGAUUAUGGUUCAAGACAAACACAAAGCUAGGAAAACUGUACUAUGAUAGAGGAGACUUCAAUAAACUUGCUAAGAUUCUCAAGCAACUACACCAGAGCUGCCAGACUGAUGAAGGCGAGGAUGACUUGAAGAAAGGCACACAGUUGCUAGAGAUAUAUGCCCUUGAGAUUCAAAUGUAUACUGCACAAAAAAACAACAAGAAGUUAAAGGCCCUGUAUGAACAAUCUCUGCACAUCAAGUCUGCUAUACCACAUCCACUGAUCAUGGGUGUUAUUAGAGAGUGUGGUGGUAAAAUGCACUUACGCGAAGGUGAGUUUGAGAAGGCUCACACAGACUUCUUUGAAGCGUUCAAGAAUUACGACGAGUCCGGCAGUCCGAGGAGGACAACAUGCUUGAAGUAUCUCGUUUUAGCCAAUAUGCUUAUGAAAUCCGGAAUCAAUCCUUUUGAUUCUCAAGAAGCUAAACCUUAUAAGAACGAUCCUGAGAUCUUAGCUAUGACGAACCUCGUGAUGGCGUAUCAAAACAACGAUAUUAACGAGUUCGAGUCCAUUCUGAAACACAACAGGAACAACAUUAUGGAUGACCCCUUCAUCAGAGAACACAUAGAGGAUCUGCUAAGAAACAUCAGGACCCAAGUGCUGAUCAAAUUGAUUGGUCCCUACACUAGGAUUCAUAUACCUUUUAUAUCUAAGGAACUGAACAUUGAUGAGAAGGAGGUCGAGAAUCUUCUGGUCACCUGUAUUUUAGACAAUACGAUCAGUGGGCGCAUCGACCAGGUGAACUCAGUGCUGGAGCUGGCGAGCAGCGCGCGCGGCGCGGCGCGGUACGGCGCGCUGGACAAGUGGACGGCGCAGCUGUCGUGCCUGCACCUGGCGCUGGCCAACAAGAUGGCGUAGUGCCGCGCCCCGCCCGCCCGCCGCCGCUCGCCCUCCCCGCUCCGAGCGCCCACGCCACCCGACUUCUGAUGCAGCGACCACUAGGCAGCGGGCUGCGGGUAUACUAGAAAAGCAUACGCUUCUCUAUAUCUUAGGUUUAUAACGCUACACGAUACAACGAUGUGAGUUGAUCACGCAGUGGAGCCAUCUUGUCACCAUGCGGCAUGUUCAAAGUGCAACCCUACUCACCAACUGCUUUAAGAAUUCAAGAAUUGCAGUGAAUAUGUGACUAGGGCCUUGCACGAGAACGCUGCGGCUUUACGUUUGGAUUAUGGACUAUUGGCGUAUAACAACCACACAUAUGUACAGUGCUAACCUGCAACACAAGAAAAAGAUUGCCUCAUUCGAUGUCGUUCACUUUUCUCGACAGUCGUGUUCCUAGCAUGAAGUUAAUCAAGUAUUUUGUAUUUUAAAUAACUCGUAGAACCAC